AUGGACACGAGGUUGAUCCUGAUCACCUUCCUGUUCAUCCUGACCGCUGGUCAGAGGUUUUUACCGCCCACCUGGACUGAGGAAUUCGACCGCAUGGCCCAGCCGCAAGCCAGCGCAGGGAUUCCCCUCGGUGAGUUUCGCAAGGAUUGCCCGCCGGGCUGGGGUCCCGGCCACGCUGAAUGUCCCUUGAAGUUGUUCUUCCAGAAGCUUAGACUUUGGUACAGAACAUAUGAAGGACCAGACGAAUGCGUAGGUCCUCUCGUUGCUGGAAGGCUUCAAGGGCAAGCUCAGCGGCUGGCACUGGAGUUGAAGUUGAUUCGCCCGGACGGCACCUAUGAUCAGGGAGACGACGCACUUGUCAGGUUGAGCACUGAUGAAGUGCGGGACCCCAUGGACCCGACCAUCAUCUUGCAGCAUGGCAUACCAUCGGGUGUCCAAGUGUUGUGUGACAAUUUGAGGGACUGCUUCGGACAUACGGAUGAGGAGCAGACCACGAGAGCACUUGACGCUUUCUUUGAGUACCGCAAGCAGUCCAACCAGACCCUUGCUGAGUUCAACACGGAGUGGAACCUUCGCCUGGAAGAUGCACGGAACCGAGCAGGUCUGGAGCUCAACCGAGUGGCGUGCUCAUACCUCUGGCUGAAGCAGAGCACGCUGUCACAGCGCUAUAUGGACGACCUUCGUCUUCAGGUGCAAGGUGAUCUUGGACGGUUUGAUGAGCUACGCACGUUGGCUCUACGUCUUAGUCACCGACAUGAUCAACAUGUCAGCAAGGGCGACAGCAACACCAACGUUCAGACCGAUGCCCAGGAGCUGACCGAGAUCUUUCACUCUGUCAGAGGACUGCGGAGAAGAGGUCUCACCAUCGAUCCUGGAGCGGCCAAUGGCCUCAUCGGCAGCGAGUACGCGCUGGAGAAGAACUCGUCCGUGACGGGCAUAUCAGGAUCUUCGGAUACCACCUUGGGAGAAGUGACGGUGCCUCUGCCUAUGUUGGGUGGUCUGGAAGACGCCUGCUAUACGGCAGAUGUGAUUGGUGGAUCCGGAUCCCUGUGCCCGGCUCUGAUCGGCAACCCGAGCCUCGUCAAGAUGAAGGCCACCAUAGCCACCGCAUGGUUUGACAACCGGGAUGGCCUGUUGAUCAUCCCUAAGACCGAGGCGCCGGGUGAACACCAUACACUACGACUUCUCUUAACCGAUACAGGCCACUAUCUUCUGCCUCUGGAUGAAGAGCCCGACACCAAUCAGGAGAACAAACAGGCGGGACGUUUCUUGAUGGACGUGGCGAAGCAGUGUGCCUAUCAACGGCCAGACCAGAGGCGCAACUACUACGUCCACUCCUGCCUGAACAACCCGGAGCUGAAGCGGAGCGAAGAAAAGAAGAUCCACUACGACAAGAACGAACCGGUCCACACAAUCAACAUGGAACAAGCGCCAGAUGAUCGUCAAGGAGAUCCACCAGACUCCAUCGAGAUCGUGGACGAUCAAGAAGGAGACGAACCUCAAGACUACUGGGAAGUGAACUUCCAGGACCACGGCAUCCAGGUUGACCGAGUUCACGUGGUUCCACGGUCACAACUCUUUAGGCCGACAGAUGUGGAGCUUCGUCCAGGAGUCCGCGCCGAGGAUCUUCGUGAUGAGCGGCAAUCUACCUUGCUGAAUGCCCACUACAAAGCAGUACCAGAGGAAUUCUACAGCAAGUCCAGCCGACCUGUCCUACGACCCCAGAACUUCCAGCGAUGGAAGAAGCAGAGACAACGGAAAGCCAACCUAUGGGAAUUGUGCAGUGGAAGCGGGAGACUAAGCUGGAUCGCCUUGGUCUCCGGCUUGGUAGUGGCGAAUCCCAUCGACUACCGGUACGGAUGGGAUCUGGCCAACAAGGAGCACCAGAACAUGAUCCUGGAGGUGCAGGACAUCCUGGACCCUGAUGUCAUUGCGGUGACACCGAGCUGCAGACCAUGGACUGUCUCGGCGAACAGAAGAAGCAAGGAAGAGACUCGACGGCUUCGAGAAGCAGAACGACCAGUUCUGGAGUUCCUCGUGAAGAUUUGCUGGCGACAAUAUGAACGAGGACGCGGCUUCUUCUGGGAGCAACCCUGGGGAUCGGCAAUGUGGUGGAAUAGCCCGCUGGCGUGUAUCCAGGAACCAGUCAGAAGAGCAGUGGUCACUCCACUGGAAGACAUGAUCCGGGAGUUCAAGGACCAAGCCCUUCGAUCACGCGCGGUGGAUGAAGUCAACGUCAACGCAGCAGAGGAGUACCAGUUUACUGCGGUUGAGAUGAUUACUCUGAAGUACCUCCUGAGCAAGCUGGUCAAUGAUUCAAUCAGCAUCAUCUCCGCCAAGACCGGCAAGUACACCCACUGGAAUGAGGACCCGAUCUACCUGUCCAUCCUCAGACAACUGUUCCGGAAGUCCCUCAAUGUCAAAGGAGUCUGCUGCACCCUCCAUGCAGAGAUGAUACCGACACCGAUGCCCUAUUUGAGAACCUCAGCAGCUCCCCUUCGCAUUGUCAUCAAGGGAGAUGUGAAACGGUGGGUGAUCUCUGCCCUGGAAGACAUCAGAACCAUGACCAACGAGCAGCUACGCCAACGCAAGCUCUAUGAGGACUGGAUAAUCGUCAUCUACGGCCACGAAGGUGACGGCAAGGACUACUGGGAAGUAGACCACAACCGGGGCAAGGUCAUCCGGCUUCACCUUGAGCCCAGGAAGGCCCUCUUCACGCCGAUGAACGCAUCCUGUCCACUGUCUGUCGACAAACUAUCUGAGACAAGAACUACGCAUGCCACACCUCAUGAACUACCAGGACCACGUCUCACGGUGAAGGACAACUGGACGCAACGAGAUGCACAUCGGCUGGCACUGGAUGGUCAAAGCUGGACUGGCACUACCGAGUUCGACAUACUCGAGGCAGCCGAGCCACAAGAGGCUGCAGAUCCUGUCCAGCGGCUAGCGGACGCAGUGCCUGCUAGAGAAGAAGAAGGAGGCGAGGAACAACAGGAGGACCACGACAAGAUCACUGGGCGGCCUCUACAGGCACCGAUGCGGCCACUCUAUGAUUUCAGGCGAGUUCUCCAGCGACUUCCGCGACUUGUUACAGCAGACAAAGACCAGGCGAGAAGGUUGAUCCUGGGCCUACAUCAACGCUUCUGGCACGCGAACAUCAGUGAUAUGCACAAUUUGCUGACACGAUCUGGCAUGCCCAAGGAUGUCUUGGACCUCAUUCCCGAGGUGAUCGCUCACUGCCAGGUGUGCAAGAAGUACAGCAAGGUCUCAUCAAGACCACGAGUUCGUGGACGUCACGUUGAUGUGUUCAACCAGGAGCUGCAGGCAGACAUUUUCUUCCUGUGGGAGGAACCAUUCUUCAUCAUGGUGGACGUGGCCACGCGGUACAAGUCCGUGGUGAAGAUCCCAGGGAAGGACCUGAAAUCCCUGCAACAUGCACUGCUGCACUACUGGAUGCGAUGGUUUGGACCACCACGUACGAUCGUUAGUGACCAGGAGUCAGCAUUGAUGUCCGCAGAAGCAGCGGUGGAGUUCGAAAGGUUCAGCGUCAUCAGACGGUCGGCAGGAACAACCCGAGGGCAUCUUGGUUCGCAGAAGACUGCGACUGGCCUGGUGGAAAAGCAUGUGGACCUGACCAAGCUCACCAUGCUGAAGAUGAGAUCGGAAUGUGAACGACAAGGCAUGGAGGUGAGCCUCGAUGAUCUCGUGGCGGAAGCGGCGAUGGCCCAGAACCUGACGAUCAACGUGGGCGGCUACACGCCCCACAUGGCUGUCACCGGUACGCUUCCGUACCCGUUCUUUGACAUCGACUCGGCCGGCAUCAUUGCAGUUGCGGGAGCAGCGCAGGACAACCUGUCAGUGUUCGAACGAGCACUUCGUCUACGGCAACUUGCGAUGACCGCUGCUACUCAGUCAAUCAUGGAGUCGAGAAUUGCACGGGCGGCAAAGACGAGACCUCAACAGUUUGACCUCACGAACUUCAAGCCCGGAAUAACUGAAGUGGAGUUCCAUCGAGAAGGAGCAGAUGACUAUGGAUGGAGAGGACCAGCAACGCUGCUGAAAAUCUCCGAAAACCAGGGCACUGCAAUCCUGGACUAUCAAGGCAAGCCCUAUCUCGUACCACUUCGAGUAGUACGCCGCUUCAGAGGAGUUUUCCUCACUAGCAUCGAGGAGCAGAACAAGAACGAGACCGAAGGAUGGCAAUCGCUACACCAACUGAUGGCAAUGGCAGAGAAGCAACCGCCUUACCAGCUGAACGCCUACGGCUACAUCCUCACUUCAAAGAAAGAUUGGAUCCAGGUUCCAAAGAACAUGGAUGAGAAAGAGAGGAUCGGUCUCUACGACCUCAUUCAGAAGGCUGCGAAGUACAUCAUCAAGGAUGAGUGCCACGGAGUUCGACUUGCAGUCGGGGUCCGUAAAGUGGCGACACCACGUGGAACCACGGGAACCCUGGCGAUGUGGCAAAAGAAUACCAUGAAGCUCAUCAUCUUGCAGCACCUGAGCGACACUCCUCUUGCCACAAAGAAGAUGACGGCCAAUCAUCGAGAUACCAUGUGCUUCAUCUACUUCUACCACUACGUGAGCCUGUGGCAGGAAGAACCUACGGCUACUUCCACAACGCCGCCUUCACAGAUCAAGGACAUGGAUGUGCAAGACGACAUGGACGUGCAAGACACCGGCGGAGAUGCUGUCAAACGAGCCCUACCUGACUCUCGACGAGUUGAGCUCAGGACAGCGCCGAAACGAAUGCGGCAUGAAUACUACCACUACGACGGAAUGUACUACAACGAGAAUGGAGAGAAGCGCCAUAAUCUCUUCUACUUUGGAUCCAAGGAUGAACUCCUUCUCCGAGCAGACAUACUUCGAGGAGGAAUCUUCAAGGCAGAGAGCGACAAUGCCAGCAUCACGGAGGAGGACGCGUACGCCAUCUGGAAGCAGGUGGAAGAGGCGGACCGGAAAGAACGUCGACAAUUCAUUGCUGAAGGAGCGUUCAAGAAGGUGAAGAAGCAGCACCUUGAAGAGAACACGGUCUUCAUCGAUGCUAUUUGGGUUCGGAAGUGGAAACCGCAACCCAGUGGCAAGAUUGUCAAGAGCAGACUAUGCGCCAGAGGAUGCUUCGACCCAUACAAGAAAGCAAUGGCCACCAGAUCUACCACGGCGACCCGGCUCUCGCAGAAGCUGCUGCUCUCGAUAGCAGCAAGCCAAGACCACAAGUUGGAAUCAUGGGACGUCGCCGGCGCUUUCUUGAAAGGCACCUACGAGAAGCUCUACCAGAUGCUGCGGAAGCUUGGCGUCCGAACGGUGGAGAGGAAAGUGGAACUGGACGAGUGGGCACUGGUUUGCCUGAAGCCAGUGUAUGGGCUUUCGGAGGCCCCAUUGGCAUGGCAGCUCUACCUGCACCAGUACCUGACAGAGCUUGGCGGCCAGAGAUCCUCAUUUGAUGAGAAUUUUUGGUUUUGGCCCUGCAAGACCAAGCCCCAGUACGGCAUUGCAUGGCCUGAGGCAGCUCUGACAACGCAUGUCGACGACCUUGCCACGAGCAGCAAGGAGAAGUGGCUGAACGAGAAGUUCAAGAGCAUGGAAAUCAAGUUUGGGAAGCUGACCAGAGAGACCUUGCCCUUCCAGCACUGUGGCUGUAAGUACAGCAAGAUCGCGGAUGGCUUCCGAGUGGACCAGGCCGAGUACGUGAAGACGCUAAAGAAUGUGGACGUUCCGAAGGACAAGGAGGACGACACGGAGCUGGACGCCUACGGCAUCCACUUGCUACGGGGUGUGGAAGGCAUCAUGGUGCUCUUGAUGGCAGACAACAUGCCGGAGAACGAGGAGUCCAUUGAGUGCACCGAUUACCAGGUGACGAAGUACAUGUGCGGCACGGCACACCUGCUUCACGCGCAGAGCACAAAGGCAAAGCGGAUUAGCUACAGCACCUCCCAUGGCGAAACCUUGGCAGCAAUAUCAGGACUGGAGUCAUCGACGAUGGUGAGUACCAGGUUGGUAGAAGUGACCUACGGGAGUGUCAAGCCGACACUGCUGCAACUGUUAGCAGUUCAGGAGAAAGGAAGCAAGAACUUCCCGGUGGACGCGUGCACGGACUGCCGGGAUUUCUUUGAGCUGUGCACCGGGCAUCGAGCCCUACCUCAAGACAAGAGUCAGAGGAUCUACAUCAUGGUGCAUCGUGAAGCACGUGCAGCUGGACGAUUGAGGUGGAUUGGUUUAAUCCCCACGGACUGCAUGACAUCAGAUGCAUUGACGAAGACUAUGACGUCAAGUUGUUUGAUGGAGCUGUUGACUUCGGGAAGAGUGCGCUACUUCAAUGCGGGCCACAAUGUGGAGUUGAAGAAGUUGCCGGAACUCGAGGACUUCGACGAGGAGGACCUCAUCAAGGGGGACAAGAAGUUGACGGAGAAGAGGAAGAAAGAGACGAAUAAGGCUGACGCCUACUGGUGCUACUUGGUGGGAGCACCUUGGCUACACCAGCCGAGAGGCAUGCUGCUGUACGGCAUGGCCACCCUGGCAGCCAGUACGGCCACAGAUGAGAGACAGGAGAACCUGGAAGACACGAGCUACCUUCUUUGGUACAUCGCGAUUGUCAUCAUCAUUGGAACCCUCAUGGUGGAGCAUUUGUUGAGCACCUUGCUGAAAGCGGUGAAUCAGAAGCGGACGGACGCUGGAACUCAGACCCAGCGCCGGGAACACUUGGAGACCUUCACCAUGCGGGGCAACCCUACAUCAAGGACACUGAGCACAACUACCCGACCUGAGAGCCUCGUGGUUACGAGGAGCGGGAAUUGCUACCACAAGAAAGACUUGCUGCGCCUCGAGCUGUUGGCGGAGCACGGCGGGCUGUGGCUGGAUGCCUCCGUGGCCUUGACGGAGCCAGUGGAAACCUGGCUUGAACCCAGCGACGGGGAGUCCUUGCUGGGCUUCGACAUGGACUUUGGGGCGCUCGCAAGAAGGCGAGUAAGCCCGGCUGGCGCCGACUGGGCGGAUCACUUCUACGCCAAUGGAAGCCUCCGGCGGGAGCUUUGGGAGCCGAGCCAAGGGCCGAAGGGCAAAGCUUCGGGGCGCUACUUUGAGAGCUGGGCCAUCGCCGCGCCAAGGGGCUGCGCGGCGGCGAGCGCCUGGCGCCGGGAGCUGCGAACCGCGGCGCAGCGAGGCUUCCUCCAAUACUGCGCAGAGCUGCAAGCGGGAGCCCAGGCCAGCGAAUACAUCCACCCGGCUCUGCAGGAUAGUCUUCCGUACCUGGUGAUCCAUUUGGCGCUGGCGCGGGCGAGAUAUCUGGAGCCUCUGAAGGUGAAAGCGCUGCCGGCGGAGAGCCACGCCUUCCUCCACAGCGACUACGUGCUGGACUGGUCCUUUGUGGCGCUGAGCGCUCCGCAGGACUUCGCCAUGGACGGCACAGGGGGCGCCAUCUUCGCCCUGAGCCGAGGGUCCCGGGAGCUGCCGCCGCCGCCGCGGCUGGGGCCGCUGGUGAAGUUGCGGAGCCUGGAGCGAGUCGCGUAUGAUUGCGUGGUGUUCUACCAGGGCUACGCGCAGGACUCUCCGUUGGCGCGGCUGCUGUCGCUGCCGCCCACUUCGCGGCUCUGGGCUUCGCGGCUGGGGCGGUUCUUGGCGGCCUGCGAGAGCCGCUUCGGGAUUGCCAUGCGGGAGGACCAGGCGCUGGUGGUGCUCUUCUCCGCUGUCCGGAGCCUCGUAUGGCUUCUGCAGCUGGCAGUGGACCUCCGAGCCUUGCCCUUCCUUGCGCUGGUCCUUUGGCAGGUGCGGCAGAAGGUCAAGGCGGAGUGA